UUUAGGCAUGAUGGAAAAAGUGUGGUCUCUGAGGAUAGCUAUGAACUUUUCCAGGUGCGUUGUGCUUACUUUCAAGGUUGCUCAGUGGCACUUGGAGAUUUAGAAUGCAUUUAGCACAGCAGAGUGUGAAAAUCGCAGCCAGUCCGAGCCAAGGAGGGGCCAGUGUCCCUAGGCAAGCUGUGUUAAGCACUCAAAGGCCCUGUACACGCUCAAUAAAGCCGUACUGCCAGGUGCCAGUCCCUGACACGGACGGUGUUGGAUCAUUGGCAGCACCCGCAGGCUGCGGCGGCUUUUGCUCGGUUCCGUACGGUGCUGGCCGAGCGCCCUGGCGUGGGCCGGGCCUGGUGCUGCUCCAGCCUCCGUCUGCGUUCGCUGCCAAACCUUUGACAAGCAUCACAUUCUACUCUGGCUUUGUUUACACACGGAAGCUGUAGGAGUGUGAUUAGCGGGGUUCGCGUGCUCGGCCGGCAGGUGCCUGCUGGGUGUCACCGCUCCGCGCCCCAAACUCACCCGCUCGCUGCAGCACCCACGUACCCGGGGUUAGCGUCCACCUCGCGCUGGGCACCAGCAGGACCGGGAUCGGUUUCACCCGGCGACACUGCCCGGGGCCCGGAGGCGGGGAGCGAGCGGGACACAGAGGGGAUGCGGGAAGGAAGCGGGUGGGCUGCGGGCGGCCUCGGGCCGGCGCCCCCGCCGUGCCUGCGCGGGCUGAGGGAGCCCCGGCGCGGCCCCCGCUCCAACGCCCCCUAGCAACUGCCUGGGCCCGCCUGCCUAGCAACCGCCCCGCGCCCGGCCUCCUGAUUCGUCGGCCAGCCCCUGCCGGCCGUCGAAUUCCUAUUGGCUGCGGAGAGGGCAGCGGGCAGCGAUUGGCUGCGGCGGCGGGGGGAAGAGGCGGGGCGGCCGGGCGGGGUUCGGGCGGAGCGGAACGGCCGCGGUGGCGUCGGCGGUCCGCAGGAUUCUUUGGGAGCGUGGUGCGGAGGGAUACGUCGGUCAGACGUAGGGCCGGCCCGGCAUCAUGGCCUCGGAGCUGGAGAGCCUCAACCCGGGGCAGCGCAUCAUGACCUUCCGCCCCACCAUGGAGGAGUUCCGCGACUUCAGCCGCUACAUCGCCUACGUGGAGUCGCAGGGCGCCCACCGCGCCGGCCUGGCCAAGAUCGUGCCGCCUAAGGAGUGGAAGCCGCGGCAGUGCUACGAUGACAUCGACGAGCUCGUCAUCCCCGCGCCCAUCCAGCAGGUGGUGACGGGGCAGUCCGGGCUCUUCACGCAGUACAACAUCCAGAAGAAGGCCAUGACGGUCCGCGAGUUCCGCAGGAUCGCCAACAGUGACAAGUACUGCACACCCCGGUACACAGACUUUGAAGACCUUGAACGAAAAUACUGGAAGAAUCUUACCUUCAAUGCCCCCAUCUACGGGGCUGACGUUAAUGGCACGCUCUACGACAAGCAUGUAGAUGCGUGGAAUAUUGGCAGAUUGAACACAAUCCUGGAUAUUGUGGAGAAUGAAAGUGGCAUAACCAUUGAAGGAGUGAAUACUCCUUACCUAUAUUUUGGCAUGUGGAAAACUUCCUUUGCUUGGCACACCGAGGACAUGGAUCUCUACAGUAUUAAUUACUUGCAUUUUGGGGAACCCAAGUCAUGGUACUCCAUCCCUCCAGAGCAUGGGAAAAGGCUGGAGAGACUUGCAAAAGGUUUUUUCCCAGGAAGUGCCCAGAGCUGUGAAGCAUUUCUCCGUCACAAGAUGACUCUCAUCUCUCCAUCAAUUCUGAAGAAAUAUGGAAUUCCAUUUGAUAAGGUGACACAGGAGGCUGGAGAGUUCAUGAUAACCUUUCCUUAUAGUUAUCAUGCUGGCUUCAACCACGGCUUUAACUGUGCUGAAUCUACCAACUUUGCUACUCUUCGGUGGAUUGAGUACGGGAAGCAGUCAGUGCUGUGCUCUUGUCGGAAGGACAUGGUGAAGAUCUCCAUGGAUGUGUUUGUGAGGAAAUACCAGCCGGAUCGUUACAAGCUUUGGAAAGCUGGGAAGGACGUGACUGUCAUUGACCACGCUCUUCCAACCCCAGAGGCAGCAGAGUUCCUUAAAGGGGAUCUCAUGCAAAAAGUCAAGAGUGGGAAACAGUGUGCUGAGGAGAUGGAAACAGAAGAGAUGUGUAAAGAGGAGGUGGAUGGGGAUGAGACCAAAAGCAUCCCCAAGCACCGCAUAGGAACAAAAAGGCACAGGGUCUGCCUGGAAGUGCCUCAGGAGGUGAGUGAGAGUGAGGCCUUCCCUAAGGAGGAGCUGAGCUCCACACAGUGUGAAGCAGACAUGGCAGAGCCGUGUGAGAGGCCCACGAGUGAAUUUGUGCAGCAAGGUGAACAAAGGAUCAAACUUCCAGAUCGUGUGGACUCAGCCAAAUUUGAAGAAUUGAAACCGGUGAAGCUUGAGGAAGAAGAACAAGAAGCAGCUGCACUGGAUCUCUCCAUUUCACAUGCUUCAAAUUCCACUUCAGUGUUGCCAGCUUCAAAGCAGAGUGCUGCAUCCAGUGUUCAGUCUAGCUCACCUUGCUACUCCUCAGACUCAGAAUCGUGUGAUGCGUUGGCGAAGCGAACGGUUCCGGGGCCAGCCGGGGUGUUCACCGUGCACAGCUACGCCAAGGGCGAUGCCAGCGGCUCCGACAGCGAACACACUUCAGGGAGGAAAGCCACUGCCAGCUCCAGUGUCACUGAGCAGGAACUGACAGAGGUGGGAAAGGAGUAUUUAAGCUCCAUGAAGGAGAGUAAGAAGUCCAAGGGCCGUCGCCAGCCAUUGAGCAAACUCCCCCGUCAUCACCCACUCCUGGUCAAAGACUGCAUCAGUGAUGAUGAGGCAUCAGAGCAGCUAACUCCUGAAGAAGAGGCUGAGGAGACAGAAGCAUGGGCCAAGCCACUGAGCCAGCUGUGGCAGAAUCGGCCGCCAAACUUUGAGGCUGAGAAAGAAUACAAUCGCAGCAUGGCGCAGCAGCCCCCGUACUGUGCUGUCUGUAUGCUCUUCCAGGCAUAUCAGGCAGAAUGUGAAGGCAGCAGUCAAAACUCUGGAGUAACUCCAGCUGCUGCAGAUGGGAAGAUCCGAACUAAACCCCUGAUUCCUGAAAUGUGCUUUACUGCAACUGGCUGCAGCACUGACCUCAAUCUUUCAACUCCCUACCUGGAGGAAGAUGGAACCAGCGUACUCAUCACCUGCAAGAACUGCCACGUCUGUGUUCAUGCCAGUUGUUAUGGUGUGUCCCCUGAGAAGGCCACUGAAGACUGGAUGUGCUCCCGGUGUACAGAAAAUGCGUUAGAAGAGGACUGCUGUUUGUGUUCCUUACGAGGAGGAGCGCUGCAGAGAGCCAAUGAUGACAAGUGGGUUCAUGUGAUGUGUGCUGUGGCUGUACUGGAGGCAAAAUUUGUGAACAUUGCAGAGCGGAGUCCUGUAGAUGUUGGCAAAAUCCCCCUGCAGCGUUUCAGACUGAAAUGCAUCUUCUGCAAGAAAAGGAGAAAGAGAAUUGCAGGUUGCUGUGUACAGUGUUCACAUGGUCGGUGUCCCACAUCCUUUCAUGUCAGCUGUGCCCAAGCAGCAGGAGUCAUGAUGCAGCCUGAUGACUGGCCAUUUGUUGUCUUCAUUACCUGCUUCAGGCAUAAGACUCCAUCUCAGGCUGAGCGAGCUAAGGCUGCACUCCAGGAUCUGUCCCCUGGACAGAUCGUCAUCAGCAAGCACAAGAAUGGUCGCUUCUAUCAAUGUGAAGUGGUCAGCCUUGCAAAGGAGACUUUCUACGAGGUCAACUUUGAUGAUGGCUCCUUCAGUGAUAACCUGUACCCAGAGGACAUUGUGAGUCGAGAUUGUCUUCAGUUAGGUCCCCCUGCUGAAGGGGAAGUCGUGCAGGUGAGAUGGACAGAUGGACAAGUUUAUGGAGCCAAGUUUGUCGCAUCACACGCUAUCCAGAUGUAUCAGGUGGAAUUUGAAGAUGGUUCACAACUGAUGGUGAAAAGGGAUGAUGUAUACACUCUUGAAGAGGAGCUUCCUAAGAGAGUGAAGUCAAGGCUGUCAAUCGCUUCAGAUAUGCGCUUCACAGAGAUCUUCGAAGAGAAGGAGGUCAGUCAAGAGAGGAAGAGACAAAGAGUGAUCAAUUCACGCUACCGUGAAGAUUAUAUUGAACCUGCCUUGUACCGGGCCAUCAUGGAGUAAACACUGCCUGUGGCAGAGGAAGAAGAUGCCCACCUCCCCCAAGGAUUUAAAUGUUCCAGUACAACAGGCCAUAUUUGGAUGCUUUGAAUCCAGGGUUUCUUCUGGGGUUUUGUUCUUUUAUAUUUUAAGGAAGCUAAAAGGCUGAUGCUCUGCAGUAGCUGUAAGGCAGCUGUUGUAUAGUGAAAGAGAUCCCAUUUGCUGAAGCUGAUGCCUGCAGACUGCUGGUCUGAAGUUGGGUCCUUACCAAAUAAGCCAGCUUGGGGAUGUUGCUUUCAUCUUGUUGAGCAGUCUUGCUUUUUAUUUAGAGACAAUUCUGACAGGUGGCAAACUCUUUGGGGAGUUGUUGCCAGGAAUCCUGGCAGCUGCAGAAUAGUGUGAUCUAUUGUUUAAACUGAAUAAUGUUCCUGAAGUCUCCCUGGUGACCACACCUGGGCUUGAGCAGGCAGUAUUACUGGUGCUGGAAAUGGAACCUCUUUUAUAUUUAUAUCAAUUUUUUUUUGUCGCAAGCAGCUUCAGUCUCUUGUUUCUCAGCACCUCCUUUCUGAGGUUGAGCUGUAGGCUGUUCAAAUCUGAACAGACUGGAGGUGCUUGUGUGAACAGAUGAAAUGUGAAAUUGAAUCCUGUAGGACAAAUUAUUUAACCUUCCAUUUAAUAUUUUUGUUCUGAUAGUGCUUUUGACUUACUUAAUCAUAAGUUUAAUUGUUAUUAGUAUGUGCCUCAGAACCAGUGAAAUCUCUCUGGAGCCUUGUGAAGUGCAGCCUUCUAACAAGAAUAGGUGUUCAGCUCCCAAUAGACAUUCAGCUCCCAAAGAGUUUGUUUUGAGUUUCUCUAAGGCAAUAUGGCUAUAAAGGGACAGUCCUAACUCUCCCUUCUUGAGAUCCAAGCAUCACAGUGUUGGGGAUGACAGGGCAGCAGUAUCUGAAGCAGUGCUGCUCUGGGGCAGCACUGUCUAUCGUGUGUCCACAGGCUUUUGCUUGCAGCAGCUAAUACUGGGUCUGAGACAGGUGAAGUGUGCACUGAGCUGUGUGUUCUAACUGAAAGGCUGUGCAAUGCUCUUCUGAAGCAGGAGUGCUGCCGUGUUGCUGUCUGGCAAAGGUUACUGUAGCAUUUUUAUAGAGUAUUAGGACACAUCUCAGUUGUGGUGGAGAGAAUUUGCUACCCCAGCCAUAGGAAGCUGAGUUGAGCUGGGUAGUAGGUGUAUCUGGAAGAUGUGCCAACUUGCUCCUAAUAAUUUAAGCAUUAACACACCACAGUAGGAGCAGUGUAAAUACAUGUUCCUUUCCCGUUCUGUAGGAAAGGGAUUUUAGGCUGUGGAGCAGAUUGGCCACCUUCUUUUUGCAUGGAAUGAUGGGGUGGAUUUUCCUACUGGAGAAAAUCAUCAUUGUGUGUUCUCCAGAAGCUGUUCAAGAGGAGAAUUUUCUAAUGAAACAGACCUAAUGCAUCCCUGCUUCUAUAGGGACAUGGCAAUGUGUCUGCAAAGUCUGGAUUUGUAACUUUUUUCCUUUUGUUACAUAGGAACGCUAUAAACCAAACCCUUCUGAAACCCCGGUGCAUCAAUUUGUGAUUAGCAAUAAAAUGUAGUAUUGAAUAGUGAUACAACUCUUGAUCAGAAAAGAAAUAAACUGCAACUUUUAUACAGAAAAUCUUUAGCCCUACGUUUUUAUAGGGUCAGGAGGAUAAGUAGAAAAGAUUUGCACACUGUUUUGCAUGGAGGUAAUCUGUCAUGUUUUUGUGGUGGAAUACCUUGUUCAUCAGUAUUGGAAGGCUUAAACAGAUUCUGAAAGGAGAUAAUGGCGGGGGAAUUGUGGGUUUUUUUGUUUGUUUUAGUUUUUUCCCCUUUUACCAUGUCCAAAACUCCUGGUCUCAGGAUAUUAAAUGACUUUUUUGAUGAA